AUGGGCGCGCCGCGCUUACUGAGCCUGCUGGAACAUAGCUGGACGAAACAGUGCCGCUGGAUCCAACUCGGAGGCGCCACUUUGCCGGAAGGACAGCGUGCCGGCUCAUCUUUGCCUCAGGGAUGCCCCGCAGCGCCGAUGGGACUCACAGUGCUCCUGAAGUACCCUGCCAUGCACCUUCGACGCCUGCUCCGAGACCGUGUGGAGGAGGUCAUCUACUUAGACGACCGCAACAUCGUCGUCACCAGCGCUCGUGAUGCCGAGACCGUCAUCCAGACAUGGAAUCGCUUCUCCCAGGAAUUGGGACUUGUUGAGAACAGGCGUAAACUCCGGGUGCUGACGAAGGAUCCCGCGCAGAGGCGGGCGCUGCAGAAUCUUGGCAUUGAGGUGCACCAGACGGCCAAGGUUUUGGGAGCCUCCUUUUUCUCCAACCUCGAGGAUGACCCGGAGCUCAGUGACAGAGCGGAGAGGACAGCUAUGCAGGUCAAGCGACUUCGGCUGUUGCCCAUCGGGGAGACCCGCCGUGAGCUCAUGUUUAGGCACUCCAGCAUCCUCAGCUUCCUGCGCGCGGAGUGGUUCUGGCGGCAGAAGGGCAUCACACUGCCCGGGGGACGAUGGACUCAACAGAUUAACGACGACCUCGAAGGCCUCGGCUUCGUCAAGAUUGGACCGUGGAAGUGGCGGCAUGCUGGAGCUGGCGAUGUGUCAUGGUUCCAGGGCGCUGCCAAGCAGGAGCUCCGUAAGACUGGUCAUGUCAUUCGCGAGGCAUGGCGGCAAGGGCAGAUGAGGGCCUUCCUUCGGAUGACUCGUCAUGAGGCCGUGGAAAUUCAGGCGCAGGGGGCCACCUACCGCGAGGAGCAGGUCACCAAGACGAGGCGGCUCUACGCGAGGGCCACUGCAGAAGAGAGGGGAGUCCUCACAGCCGGAACCUGCAGCGAAGCUAACUACGGUCAGAAAAGCGCGGGGCGCGCGAUGGCCUCGCCCACAUCGUGCAGUGUGGCCUCUGCCAGGCCAGGGAAGUGCCAAACUGGGAACAUGCAGCUUCGAGAUGUUCGUACUUCUGCGAGGGCCGACUGCAUCAUCAGGAUGAUCCUUGGACGCGAAGGUUGGGUUGGGCUGCGCCGCAUGAGUCACUGGCGCUGGCGACGGAGCGGCUGCGACGUCUGGCCGGGAUUCGUGCAGAACUACGACAGCGCUUUGAUCGCAGGCCAAAGGCGCACUCUGCUCAAAUGCCAGGACGUGCCUAUGUUAGUUCGAGAAGCUUGGGGGCUGGCGUCUUUUCGUCAGGCCUGCAGGCAAAGCUCAGAUCAAAGUCAAAACAUGGUCAAUGCUUUCUUCUCAGCUGUGCGAACUGCAUGGGCGGCCCAGUGCAUCGGCACAGUUGCGUCCUACCCGUGGCUCAACAAGUGCAUGGCCAAAACAAGUCAUGAUAAAAGCAUGCUUAAGGAGGUCACCGAGCUCCAGCGCCACACGGGGCAUGAUUUUGCCCUGAUCCCGCACGAGGUCUGUGUCAAAGAGAAGCGGGUCCGAGGUUCCUGGGGCUGCCUACAAUGCUGUCAGAUCUACGCCCACCUCGCCACUCUACGUCUUGCGGCGGCCAAUGGUUAUCUUGAGGAGAAAGCCCUUUUCAACAAGCGCGGCAACAAGCUCCAGCAACAGCUCGGGGCCCCUCGGCCGCGCAUAGCAGUGCGGAAACUGUUCCUUUCGGCCUCGAAAGACUCCCAGAACAAGUCACACAAGGACGAGGCGGCCAGCUCCUCUCAAGCAGCGCCUCCUUGCAUGCCUAGCCCCUCUGCCGAACGCACCAAGCACGCUUACUGCACCUGCACCGACGUCCCCAUGACCUUCGACGAGCAGACGGAGCUCUGGACAUGGAAGUGCAGUCGCUGCGACGUGGAGUUCCAUGGAAAGGAAUCCCACAAGCUUGAAGCUCAAGGACGGCGCCACGUCAGGAAGCACCACGCCCAGGCGGUGAACAGCCCAGUUGCCCAAAAACACAGGGGCAAGUUGUGCUGGCCAUGCACCGUUUACAAAUGCAAGAUCACCGCUGACACCAAGGCAAGGCUUAAGGACAGACGGCGAUUGCGCAUCGACGGCUUCCACCCCGAUUGCGACGUUAGCCAGUUCCUCACCCUUGGCGGCAAGCCCGCUGGCUCGCAGAGGCCAGGGCCAAAAAGGGUUAAAGCCUUGCUAGACGCUGCAAAGCAGAGGGCAUUGAGCCGAACCCAGGUCCAUCAAUACGUGGUGGCGCAUCACCAAGGAGUUCCAGCUGGACUGUGUGAACGUCAACAGCUACAUCAACGCGGCGAAUGCUGUCGCCAACCUCCGGAAGCAAAACGCGAAGCCGAACAUCUUCUGCAUGGCCGAGGUCAAAGCAAGCAACGCUCAGAGAAACUUCCUCACCUUGCAGCUGAGGCGCUUGGGUUAUCGGAUUGUCUGGGUGCACGAACCUGA